AGCAAAGCCACAGGGAGGCUCGUUCAGUCUCAGCAGCUGCUUGGAGGGCGGCUCCCGGAGGGGCUGGCGUGACGGGUGCAGCAGGUCUGUGGCCGGGGUCUGGAGCUGGGCUGGAGCUUGGAAGCCACUCACCAGGCUGGAGCACCCCUUGGUCGGCCAUCGACCUCAUGGAGCCAGGGCAAGGACAUCUUUGCACUCCCAGAGCGGAGCUGGGAAUCCCGAGCACGCCACACCGGACCUCGUCACGGCUGGAACCCGGCGUAGUGAUACGGCCACCAUGGAAGGGAAGCUGGUCGUAGAAGAUAUCGAAGAGCUGGAUAUAGAGGAGGACAAGCGCAUGGAGAUGACAUCAACUGACAGCCAUGACGACAGCACUGGGGUGCUGGUGCUAAACCUCAGCGGAGAGGAGGAGGAGGAGGCCUCGCCCGGAGCAGGCCAGCCCAUGGGGGUAACCAUGGUCCCAAAGGCUCCAGGGGAACAUCCGCCCUGGGUCCAGAAUGACGACAGCCAGGAGCGCCUCGUGAAGCUGAUGUGCCACCUCUUGAAGGCCGCCCCAGUGGACGUGGUGUGGACUUCGGGGGAGCAGAUCAAAAUUGUGGCCGCCGAGCAGAACGCCGGCUCCGACUCGCCCGCCAGCCACCGGGGCUCAGAAGGGGGAGUCCCCGAGGCAAAGGGUGCAGAGCCGGCCACAUGCUCGCCAUCUGUGACCUCAACCAAAGAGGCCCUGGUGGCCACAGAGGAUGAACUGCAAGCCAGCCUGGGGAAGACCCUAGAGCCCAGGAUCAGGGACCAGAGUGGCUACAACAUCAUCAGGUGCCUGAUAGGGGGAAAGAGCCCUUCCAGAGGUGAAGAUGACACAGAGAGUGGGUAUGAGCGGGACCAGGAGGGGGCGACUCCACAGCAGGGCCCAGCCUCACCCGGCGCGGAUAAGAAGAUUUUGCCUGAGAACGAUUUCAAUCAGUCGAGAGAGGACGGGGACCUUCUGCUGCAGGAGGGAUGGGGCAGCCCGGGAGUUAGAGUGGAGGAAGUGCCACCCUCAUCAGGCAGGGCUUCCCGGUCCUUCUCUCCAGAAAGCGUCACCCUCUCCCGGCUGACCGGCUCUCCCAGCUUGGAUUCCCCUGGAGCACUGCAGUGCAAUCCCUCGCCUGAAACCUCUCAUGAGACAAGGACAGAGCCUGGGCCCAGCUGGUGGCUUCAUCCCAACCCUGCCUGUCAGCUCUGCAGGGGGGGCCUCAGGAUCUUCGGACCCCCUGACUUGAAGGGGCCGGAGGAGGAGCUAAGGCAGAAGCUCAGCCGCUGUCACAAAUGGGGAGCAGACGCACAUGGGGCCAUCUUCUCCAAGGCAAAGAGGCUGUUUUCCAAUUACCGCCUCUGCCCUCCUGAGGACUCCAGGGCACAGGCCUUAGCAAGAGAGGCUGUUCUCCAGGAGAGCGCAGCGGCUGCCCUUCAGAAGACGACGCUGGUCAGCACCAGGCCCUCAGCCCACCUGAGAUGCACACCCACCCUCCAGGCUAUGACCUCUCAGCACAAACAUGGUGAUUUCUCCUCAUCGUUCCUCCAAUGGGCUCUCCGGAAGCUGAAGAUGUUGGUUAAAAAGACAGCCCCCAAAUCCUAGCUGAGACUCUCCUCCCCACAGAUGGCUGCCACCUCUAUUAAAAGAUCAGCCCCACCAUUAAAGUGAAUGAUCUCCUGUAGCAUGGGGCUUUGAAGUCUUGGCUGCACUGAUCACAGCAGCUGCGACACCAGAUGAAACGUUCUCAUUGGCUUUUUGCCUCCGGGCCACUAAUGGGGGCAGAAGAAAUCAUUAUGACCCACCCUAUGCAUGGUGCUUCAGGGCGCACAGAGCACCUAAGGGAGCUGAAGAAAAGCUGCUUUCAUGUAGGCAACCUGAAAUGUUAUUGUAUUGCCUUAGAAAAUAACCUGACUUGGUCAGUGGAAAUCUCCUGUGCAGGAUGCAGAGGGGUGGAGGAGGAGUUCCCAUAAGCUUUCAGCGAGGGGAAGAAUCUUUACUCACAUAUAACUUUCCUCCAACGCUUCAGAGUCGAAUGUUUAAAAACCUAACGCGGGGGUGCCGAACUCCCACAGCUUAGGAGUUGUAGGUGCUGAUCCUCCUCUGAAAAACAGGCCCAGAGUUUUAUGGUCUGGAAAAAAAAAAAAUCACUUCCUCCCCAGUCAUGUUUCACUGUUGCUCUGUUUCUGUAAUACAAUAAUCUCCAUAGUCUUAGCAGACACAUGACCUGAAUAUUUAGUGGCAGGAAAACAGGCAGAUUUGAAACACCUUUCCACCAUUCUUUCCCUGGUCACCCCCAGGGGCCAUCUC